UUUACAAUUGGGUAAAAGACGAUUUCAAAAAAAAUAAAUUUGAAACAGAUGAGUAUUCUAUAAAAACUUUACACAAAUAUGGUGAAAAGUCACUGACCGAUCUAAAACUCAACUUGGCUCUUAGUAGUCCAAAAACUUCGUGAAAACAAGGUAAUUAUGGAAUUUAAAUCUCAAGCUGAAUCUGGUUUACAACUUUUAGAAAGGCUUGUAGCACGGCCAAUUAUUAAAAAUCUAACACCUCUAUUACCAGACGAAUUGACUAGCGAGACCAUAGAAAUAAUUGGAAAUGCAUCGACAGGAAAAACAUUAUUUUUGACCGAAUGUGUUGCUAAAUGCAUCAUUCCUCAAGAUUCUUAUGGCUUGGAUACAGGUGUGGUCUACAUUGAUCUAGAUGGACAAUUCAAUAUCACCAAACUAGUUAAAAUAAUUAAACGUUUAGUUAAAAAUGCUGAUGAUGAAUUAUUAAAAUUCUGUCUAAAUAAAUUAACAUUGAUCAAUUGUUUUGAUAGUCCAACUUUAUAUGUUACAUUUCAAAGAUUAAAACUGUUUCUUACUGAACAUUCUCAAGUGGGGUUAGUUAUUUUGGAUAGUGUUUCUGCAAACUAUUGGCAAGAUUCUGUAUGUGGUGGUGAAAAAUAUAUGGAUACAUAUGUAGAGAAAAUGAUAUCAUCAUUGAAAAUUUGUUUGGAAGAUUUUAAAGUACCUAUUAUGUUUACUAGACAAAGUUAUUUUCAGUCUAAACAAAGUGAUUCUUUAUUAGAUUUUGUAAAUCGUAAAAUUGAAUUCAAAAGGUUGGAUUCUGAUUUUUAUGCAACUGUAACAAGGAAAAAUGUAAACUUUUGUUAUAAAUUUGAUAUUAAUGAACAAGGAAUUGGCGAGUUUAAUUUACAACUGUAGCUAUAAAUAUACAUAUAUUUUUUAUAUUAUUGUAAAUUAGUAUUUUUUUUCUAUGUUAAAUAAUUCUAAAAUGAUUGAAUAAAAUUUCUAUUUCUUAAUA